GUUCAUCAUCACGCAGAUUUUCCCCGUUUGUCACUGUGCAGAGCAGCUGUCAUCGCUGUUGUUAGAUAAGCCAAUCAUUCUCUUUUGGGGUUUGAUUCGGAGGUGAAGCAGACAUCGCAUUGUUGGCAUAGAUUUUGGUCGAUGUGCUGCAAGCGAUUUUGUGUUUACAUCGACCCCAUCAUAUUCAGCUGAGCCCAGUAACGAAAAGGAAAAGCAAAACAACCAUUUGCAAAAUUACCAUUGCUGCAAAAAGUGGUGUUUUCCUGGUUCGACGCAUAUCGGGUUUUUGGAAACUGUGAAAGCUAAGUGAAAACAUCUCAAAGACAUGUCCUUCUACAAGUAUCUGUUUUCACCGAAACUCUUCAAAGAGUACGACGGGUCGAAGGAUGUGUAUGAACCAGGAGCACUCGAGAAGUACGGAGAUCAGCUCCUCGCUGCUCUGAACCUAAUGUGGAGCUUCGGUUACUACACUUCGCCCCUGCUGAUUACGUUUCUGUACCGCCGAGGGUAUUUGGUUGCGGAUUCGGUUGGAACCCUGGCAAAGUUCACCACCGGAAUCGGCCUACUGGUAGCGGUGUCGCUUUGCAUGCGUGGCCUCGGCCGGUCCAUGAAUGUGGUCUAUGUGCGGUUUGCCGAGUGUCUCGAGAAUGCCAAACGCCACGACCGGGUCCCGGAAAGCAAGAACCAAAUCCGACGGUACGACUUUGACUUCAAACAUUGGCCGGUGGACUUUACCGUCACCAGUAGCGUUCAACGAGCGCAAGUGUCUCGAAACAAACCAUUCUGGAUCUCAUCAUUGCCAUGUCAGAUUGCGGCUUAUCUCGCGAUUCACACUUUCGGAAUACGUAUGAUCUAUCCAGGGUCGGUUAAAUUGCUACAACACUAUAUUCAACCUAUGUUACUGCAAGGCCGCACUAAACUGAUGACCGAAGAGAGGGGCAAACGCAACAAAGUAAAAACUUCAGACGGCAACGAAAUCGAUACCGUGUUUAUAGAUAAUCGCAACAAAAGCUCCAAUGGGCGCACAUUGGUGUUCUGCUCGGAGGGUAAUGCGGGUUUCUACGAGAUUGGCAUAAUGUCCACACCGAUCGACUUGCAGUAUUCGGUUCUAGGAUGGAACCAUCCCGGCUUUGCAGGAAGUAGUGGUUCACCCUAUCCGGAUCAAGACCAAAACGCAGUGGACGCCGUGAUGCAGUUUGCGAUAACAGAUCUUGGGUUCACCCCCGACAACAUUAUUCUCUACGGUUGGAGUAUUGGAGGUUAUUCAACGCUAUACGCUGCUUCGCAGUAUCCUGACGUUAAGGGAGUCGUUCUGGAUGCAACGUUUGACGAUGUUCUACAGCUUGCAAUACCCAGGAUGCCAGAAGGGCUGUCCAAUAUCGUUAAGAUUGCCAUAAGAGAUUACGUUAACUUGAACAAUACUGAACUGAUUUCGCAAUACAAUGGCCCUGUGAUGUUGAUCCGUCGAACGGAAGAUGAAAUCAUUUGCUCAGAAGACAACAACCUUGCUACGAACCGUGGCAAUUUCCUAUUGAUCCAUAUGCUCAAGUUUAGGUUUCCCAAUAUAUUCAAGGCGGACCAGGAAAAUCUAGCCAAAGAUAUCCUAGGCAAACCUAUUGAAUUCAUGCGGGAUGGUGAGUUUGCAAUAGUCAUCCGAAUUCAAAGAUUUCUAAAACAACUUCUUCUUUCAGACUCUGAUGAACUUUGUCUUUCGCUGCUGAUGUCUUACCUGACUGAUAACGGUAACAAUGGCACAUCCCGAAGUUAUCCUAUCGAGAUUGGUGCCGAGUACAGCAGUGAGCAAAGAGACUCGAUGGCAAAGUUCCUCCUAAGGAAACACCUGCAGGAUUUCAAGUCAACUCAUUGUACUCCGUUGCCAGCCGAGUAUUUCAAGUCUCCAUGGGAGAUCCCCAACGAUACUGACUUUGUAUUCACCUAAGGUAAUAUAGGCAACUGAAACUACGUUCCAGAGUACUAUUCUCAACUGUAGAACUACUGUGAGUCCGAAGAUUGAUAGAAUGGGUCUAUCUUAGCUCCGUUGACUAAUGCGUGUGUUUCUUCAUUAGCAUAUUGAAAGUAACUUUCGAUUUCUGUUUGUUCUAUUUUCCAAUCGUAUUCACAUUAUAUCCGGUAUGUGUCGGUAAGUUAUCGGUUUACAAGGCAGUGGGAAUAGUAGGUUAAUAAAAAUACAUUCAACAAUGUGCAAAUUGGUCGGUACUAUGUAGAACAAUAUAUUUAAGAAUACAUUUUUCCCUUGAAGAGAUUUGACAUUCGAACCCUUGCUUUAGUAGCAGUAGAAUAUUCUCAGCCUAUUUAUUGGUAGAUUGUAAGUUAAUUGCCCAGCAGAUAAACAACCAACAAGUAUCAAGAGUGUGAAAUAGUCUCAGAUUGGAUGAUUCCGUCAUACAAUGAACGGUCAUUUGAAACAA